UUCCCUUUGGAGAGAGCUCAGGAUGCAGACAAAGGACAAAAUGCUGUACAGAAUUACACACUUAGUCCUAAUGAAAAUUUUAGGUUGGAUGUACGAAGUCACAGUGAUGGUAGCAAAUAUGCAGAGUUAGUAUUACGAAAACCAUUAGAUCGUGAAGAUGAUGCACAACUUUUCCUGAUUUUGUCAGCUGUUGAUGGAGGGACCCCAAAGAGAACAGGCACAGCACAAGUCAUAGUUAAAGUUCUGGACAAUAAUGAUAAUUUCCCUCAGUUUGGUGAUUCUGUAUACAAAGUGAAACUGAAGGAAACUGCCCCCCAAGGGACACUUGUGACAAAAGUCGAAGCAACUGACAAGGAUCUUGGUUCCUAUGGGGACAUCACGUAUUCCUUCAGCCAGGUGUCAGAAAAUGUGCUCAAAGCAUUCAGUGUAAACAAACAUACUGGGGAACUUACAGUUUCAGGAACCAUUGAUUAUGAAGAGGAGAGAAAUUAUGAGAUAAACAUCAAAGCCACAGAUGGAGGCGGGCUUUCUGAUUACUGCAAAGUUAUAGUGGAGGUUGAGGAUGGAAAUGACAAUGCCCCAGAGGUGACUCUCACGUCCCUCACCAGCCCCUUACCAGAAGAUUCUCCCCUGGAUACGGUGGUGGCACUCUUCCGUGUCACAGACCAAGACUCUGGAGAUAAUGGCAGAACUGCCUGCACCACUGAGGCAAUGUUGCCCUUUCUGUUGAAAGCAUCUGUGAAUAAAUACUAUCAACUGGUCACCCAGCAGCCCCUGGACCGAGAAAGAGUCUCAGAGUACAACAUCACCAUUACUGUUACAGACCAGGGCUCUCCCAGGCUCACAGCAACAAGAAUAAUUAAUGUCCAGAUUUCAGAUGUCAAUGACAAUGCUCCAGUAUUUGAGAAGUCAACAUAUGAAAUACAAUUAUGGGAAAACAAUAUUCCAGGUCUCCUCGUAGGUCUGGUCCAAGCCAAGGACCCAGACAUGGAGCACAAUGCCAAAGUGACCUAUUCUCUUUUGCCUGGGAAGGUCAGUGAUCAACCUGUGUCCUCAUACAUCUCCAUCAACUCUGAAACUGGGAAUCUGUAUGCCAUCCGAUCUCUGGACUAUGAGCAGGUGAAAGAUUUCCAAGUGACUGUGAGGGCUGUGGACCAUGGAUCUCCUCCCCUGAGCUCUGAAGUUUCCCAGUGGGACCGAAUUUUCCUGAGAACUGUGGAGAUGCUGAUGCUGGAUCCCUUUCCCGGGCUUACAACUAUGAGGUGUGCUUAG